UAUCAUCUCAUCAGUUGUGUAUACACAUGUAACUUUUUUUGUUUUGACUUUAUUUGUUAGCCUUUAAAGGACUAAUAGUUUAUUAAUUAAGGUUAUUUUUUAUCAAAAAAUAAUUAUUGUUAUUAUUAAAUUUACUUUUUAUAUUAUCAGAAAUAAAAUUCAGUGUAUUCAUUGUAAAAAUGAGUAAAUGAAAUACAUAACCUAUAAGUUGAAUCUCAACAGUAUAUAUCGAAAAAGAAUAUAUAAGUUUUUUUUUAAUUGUUAUAAUAAAAUUAAAUAAAAAUGCCUUUCUUAACGCGUCGUCUUAUUCAAAAUUUUAAACAAACAUCUAUUUUACAAAAUAUUUCUUCUGCAUAUCCUAGUACAAGGGUAAAAAGAAUUCCACAAACCGUACAAGUUAAUGAUCAAGAAAUAAAAAUAAGUAGACAUACAGCAUUUUUACGAAAUGUACUAGAAAAUGAUUUAAAUUUCGUAAAACUUUUAAGAGAACAAAAAAAUUUCUCAACAAAUGAUUGGCUAAACGCACGCGAUGAACUGUUAAAAAUUAGCAUUGUUAAUGAAAAAAAUAUUGAUGCUAUAAUUUCAAAUCUUUGUUUUGGUUUUGAGAAUAUUGACGCUUUUAUGUCUUACAUGAAAUAUUUAAAAAGUAACAAUUAUGAAAUUAAUCUUUAUUUAAAGGGAACAUAUGCAUCUAAAUUGGCAUUAAAACAAAUUUUAACGAAAUCUGAUAUGCAAGAAAUUUACGAUAUUUAUGAUUCUUUACUUAAACAAUAUUCAGUCUUAGAUGGAACCACGUGUGACCGUUUGAUUCAAGCACUUUGCGUAACUGAAAGAUGGGAAGAAUCAGCGAAAUUAUUUGAAAUGUUAACUAUUUCAACUAAAAAACCAUCUAAAGCAAUAAGUAGGAUAGUUAAGGCAGCAUUUGAUAAUAAUAAACCUGAAACGGGUUGGAAAUAUUUUAUACAAGCUGCAGAAAGUGAAAUACACUUACUGGCACAGGCAUUUGCAUCUUAUUUAGAAUAUUGUCUAAGAAUAUUCAAAGAUAAAGGAUUGCUUGAAAAGAAUCUUUUAAAAAUGUUUGAAAUUUGUAGAGAUAAAGAAGUAUUGAUCAAUAAAGAAGAAUUAGAUAAUUAUUUGACAAUUUUCCAGAGUUUAGGAUAUACUUACUUUGAUACAUUUAUGAAUAUUGACGGAGAAUGUAUGCACUGUUCACACCAGUUACCAAAAGUAGUAAUAACUCAAGAACAAUUUAAUGAAUUGUCAGAAUUGUUUAUGAAAAAUGUGGUAGUCGGUGACAAUCUUUAUACAAAUACCACACCUAUUGAAUUUAAAAAAUUUUUACAAUUUUUAAAAAAUGCAUUACCGUAUGAUAUUGUAAUAGAUGGAUUAAAUGUUGCUCUUUCUCAACAGAAUAAAACUAUUCCAGCAAAAGUAGAAAUCCUUUCGAAAGCUAUAGAGUAUUUUGUUAAUAGAAACCAAAAAGUUAUUCUACUUGGACGAAAGCAUAUGUUAAAAUGGAAUAAUAUGGGCUACAUUAAACACAAUACAAAAAUGUUUUUAUUUGACAACAGCUCUUUUGAUGAUCCACAUUUAAUAUACGCAACUUUCUACGGCGGUUUGAAUACUUGCUUCCUGUCAGGAGAUUUGAUGCGUCAACAUAAAUCGCUAUUGCCAAAAAACAUGCAAAAAUUGUUUAAACUUUGGCAAUUGUCACAUCAAUAUUUAAAAAAUCAAACAAAUGCUAUAAAUUAUCCAGUUAAAUUUGAAUCAAUUCCUCAUGAAGAUAAAAAUGGUUGGCACAUGCCUUAUUUCACAGGCAACAGCUCUGUUCCCAAAGACUCAUACAAUGCAACAUCUAAUUGGAUAUGUUUGAGAAAAAAGUGUCAAUAAAAAGUCAUAGUUUAUAUUA